CGGACUCGCCAGCGGAGCAGCAGCGUCUGUCUGUCUGUCUGCUCUCGGUCCUGCACCUGCACCUGGACCCCCAGCUGUUGACACUUCUCUGUAGCGCCGCCUGCUGCCCAGAAUACACCCACUGGGGGAGAAGAGUACCUGGGCGCCCGAACCAGCGACCACAGAGCCGGGAGCUCGUCGGGGUCUGGCCCCAAUACCCAGCUCGUACCCUAUGGAGCGCCGUGCGCCGAGGGUCUCGGACCCGGAGUCCACACCGCAGGUGAAGCCGUGCGACAGACGGCGCUUCUUCGAGGACGUCUUACAGCACGAUGUGAACGUCCGCUUGCCUGCUGCCCAACUGUACAUGGAGCCGAGGAGGCCCCCCAUCAACAGCAUCUCGUCCAUGGAAGUGAACGUGGACGUGUCGGAGCUAUGCUUGGACCUGCCGGACUUCUCAGACCCAGAGGAGCCGGAUGAGUUCCUCAGCUCUGCGGGGGACGAGGGAGGGGUGGCCUCUCCUUUCAUGGCAGGCGAUGAAAGCCUGACACACGCAUGCAGGGACCUGCAGCUUCCCGGGGCCUUUGAGCACCUGUCCCGCAUGUCAUCCACCUCCUCCACAUCCACGGAAACCUGCGGAAGCGACCGUGGCGAGGAAGGGGCGGAGACCCCCGUCGCCCAAUCAGACGAUGAAGGAGAAACCGACUCGCUCCUGCUAACGGAGACGCUCCCGAGCGCAGACGCGCAGGUGGAGGCACCUCUUGGCUCCGCCUCCGUCGGAUACCGUAGCGAGGGAGGAGGGGCUUUGCGCUGAUGGACAGCAGCAGCCGGUCCACAUCUCACAGUCAUGCGCACUGUGAAUUUUACAAGGCCAACAGAACCUGUCCUUCUGCUAUAAGGCACCAGUAAUCCACCCACAGAGGCGUCGUGGACGGCAGAGAGAAACCUGGAACGUCUCCAAACCAGGUGUGCAUGUGUCCUUAAUUAUAACUAAGUGUGUUUUUCAUCCUGCCUCUUCUGGCUUUGUCUCUGCUCUCUCGAUCUAAACUGUCCCAUCCGAGACCGCUACCCCGGAUCCGUCCCGAAGAACCGGUUGAGGUGCACUGAGGACCCUGUAAGAGUGUCCUCUGAGUGCCUCCUGCAGGAGGCUAACGGUUCACGCCGCACUGGGACGAGCCCACCGGUCGACUCAGGACGCGUUGGACCGAUUCUGUCUCCGGUCUUCCCUGGAAGUGCCUGAGAAUCUCCAGGAGGAGUCUGAGACUGUUGCCAUGGAAACGGAAGCAUGGCCUCUCGUGCUUGGGCUGCGGGCAUCACGACCAUCUCCAGGAUGAGUGGUUUGCAGACGGAUAGAUUGAUGGACAGAUGGAUCGACGGAUGGGGGGUGGAUAGAUCUACCACCAUUAGAUGAUCAGGAAACAGAAGUGACAGUAAAUAGACGAAAUAUUUCUAUACACGCAUAUUAAUAACUUAAAUAAGUCAGACAUGCUCUAAAAAUGGUGAAUGUUAACAGGAACAGUGUUAUACGAGGGAUCCCGGGUGAGCGGCGCAGAACGCAGGUAAUAAACAGCACGAAAGUGAAAGUAAAAUCUAUAUUUGCACUUUGCUUGGUCAAAAGGACAAUGAGGCUUAACUCUUCGGGGGAAUCGCCUGCUGUAAUAAAUGCUAUUCCACAUGAUGUUGGAGU